ACCCCUAAAUUUCUUUUCCCUCCAUAUGUUGAUUCUAAACCCUAACCUCUCCUCUUUCUCCUCUCAAAUCCCCCACCCACAACUUCAAUCUGUUUCUCAUGCUACCUCUCUAUCAAUUUCAAAAUCUUUGACCCACCAGCUAGCUUUAAUCUGACGACCACGACAAGCUUCGACGUGCUGGUGGCGGGUGAUGAUGGUUGUUGCAUUGGAGAUGUUACUCAUUUCAACGAAUGCUGCAUUUUGAAACGUUAUUCUCAACAUUUUCUUGUGAUUUUACAGAGUUUGUUCGCAGAGUGAUGCGUUGUUUCUCCUGCUGUUUCAGAAUCAGAGAUGAUAAUCACACUCAGGUUAAUCGCUUCUCUCAGCCUAUCACUGCAAUUCGUAAGGAGACUGUAGAUCCUCUAGCUAGCAGUUGCGUGUGGUCUGUACUUGCUCACGAAGGCUACACGAUAGUUGCUCUAACAAAAAGAACUCAAGAUGGUGGCACAGAUGUUGUGGAGGCAAAGGUUGGAAAGGGUUCUGCUACACUCUCAAUGGCGUACGUGAAAGAUAGACGAAUUCAUGAAUCCUUUUAGUGAUAUGUAUGCCUUUGCUGGAAACUCUGGAGAUGAUACUUCUAGCAACACCAAUGAGAACACUCCGAAUACGAAGAAAACUGUCUUUGACACCUUAGGCGUGGAGAGUGCAUACGGAACAUAUAAUAAACCUCCAAAGUUGAUGGCGAUCGAAGAGUAUAGUCGGUGGGCCAAGAAAUUUGAAGAAUGGUUAAAGGCAUUUGCGUAUCUCAGCUGGAAAAGUCUAAAGAAUGGAUACAGUGAUGGAGGGCAAAAUGGUGAAAAUUUGACAGCAGCUGAAGAUAUAGAGAGUUUUGUUACGGAGCAAAAGUGCAUCGCAUUGCUGUUUCAGUCUGUCAGGGAAGACAUAAUAUCUCUGAUUGAGUACAAAAAUUCUACAGCUCUCUGGAAAAAGUUAGAAGUGAAAUGUUUGGAAGUGCUGAAAUAGUAAAAAACAAAAAGAAACUGUUGAGAAAAGAGUUUGAUUUAUUCAGAUGUUUAAAAAAUGAAUCUGUUUCUAGAAUGAUUGAGAGGUUCGGGCACUUGAAGUUGGAGCUGGCGAGACAUGGGAUUGUAUAUUCUCAAGAAGAUUUAGUCGACAAAUUGUUUGACUCGUUGCCAGAUGAGAUGGAUUGUCAAUACUUUGCAUUAAUGUUGAAGAAUACCAUCAAGCCACCAGAAGUGUUGACUGUAGAUUUGCUUAUUGAAAGACUGGAGAGUCACGAGCUAGAGAUAAAGAAAUCUUACAAAGUCAAUCAUUCUUCAUAUCAGCAGAAUUUGGAUUUGUAUUAUCCAAAAAGCAUGACUCCCAAGAAUGCGUCUCCCAAAACAGCUUUCUCUGCUAAAAAUUCCAACACAUCCAGCAAAGAGAGUUCAAGCAGUGGAUUUCACAGUGGUUCUUCGUCAACCUCAAGCCAAUCAGCUGCAAAGAACUUAUUUCAGUGCAACAUCGCAGUGGAUUUAAAGAACGCUCAAAACUUCAGUGAGGAAUCUGCAAAGCAACAGAUGGUUUUCUUAGCUUCUUUGCUAGAGUCGUAUGAGUGCCUUGUGGCAGGCAAGAUAGGCAACACCAACCUAACAAAGGAAGACUAUGAUCAAAUAGACCCUGUGGAGAUGGAAUUGA